AUGUCUGACGAUGGCUUCGACGAUGACUUUGAUGACGGUUUCGGGUUCUUCGAUGAUCUGGAUUAUCAAGAUGAUGACGAGCUGUCCGCCCUAGUCGACUCCAUGGCCGAAACCGCAUUCGCCCAGGGUGACCCCAUCUGGGAUGAGUUCGAAGCCGAGUACGACACGACCGAAUACCACAGCGACUGGUCAUACUACUCUGACGGCGGUUUCUUUAGCGAUGAGGAGAAGGCCCCUGUCCCUGCCGACAAUGCGGGGAAGCCGCCGACAAAUGGCGGUGUCAACGCAACUACAUUAGACGGUACAGGAAGGACAGAAUCAAACGGAAAGACCAACAGUGCCGGUAGACCGCUUCGGAAACGCCGAAAGCUCAUGGUCGUUGAUGAGAGUGGUAAGAGGUUGCCCGAAUCUGCGCCAAUACCACCGGACCAGCAGGAACAAGCGAAGGUUACGGCGACUGUCAUUGUUCCGCUGCCGCCGACACCACCGAGAAGGCUCAAUGGUAGCGAGCCAAAGAAGUCGAAUGGUGUGUUGAAAGAGGAUGGGAAGACCAUAUCUUCAUCUACAAGCGUUGAUGGGCUCAGGGCUGCAAUGAAGCGGAAACCGAGUACAGAUGAGGCUGUAACCUCUCCUUAA